CGGUAAGUUAUUUUCUAAUAAAAGUUGCAAUAAGGUCCAAUUUCGGUCGUAUCAUUUUAGAAAGGAUAUUCAAUUACGUCGUAAAUGUAUCUAGGUUGCAGAAGGUCAUGAACCUUUGGGAUAGAACUGCCUUGCUGUGCUGCGAUUGGCUGGAAUUGACAAACAACGGCAAUCCAUUGGCUUGUUUCUAAGCUACCAGCUCGAUAUCAAAUUCCUUCGUCAGAAAAUCAUUUGUGGUCUCCUCGCCAAAGAGAAUAGUCGGUUUACUUUUACAUGAAAAUAUGCGUAAUUUCUUUAAACAAAAUGUCUGUCCCCUCAACACAUCAGGACAGAUAUAACAGUGAAUGAGUGACUUUUUUCAUGCCAUUUCAAUAAUAUUCCUGAUAAGUGAAUAUUUACUUAGGUCGUAAUGGCGCUCGUAUGUGAUAUCAAAAGCAAUACUUCGCAAGAAGAUACCGAAAAGAUCGACGAAGAAGAUUUAGAAGAUGGAGAGAUCGAAGAUGACGAGGAAGAUCCGGCUGAGCAACCCGCCGAAAUUCCCCCCGUUGAAAUUUCGAUUCCAGCUCCGAUUAUUAAACAACUUCCACCACCCUCGCCUCCUGAACGUCCUCCCCCCUUCUGUGGUCCACCCCUUACCUCGCCCGAAAUCGUUGUUCCCGAAAAAGAAAAAGACAAAGAUAAGAAAAGAGACAGAUCCGAGAGGUCCGAGAAAAGGAGACACGACGAAAAGGGGAAGAAACACAUGACCGAGGCGGAGAAGAGUAUAUUACAUUUAAGGAAGCGUGAAGAAAUGCAAAGGAAGAAGUGGGAAAAAAUGAGGAGUAAAGAAACACUGAUAGAAUCAAUAGGUACAAUAGGUACGUCUUUUUCAGAUGAUGAUUUUGCUAAAAAUAUAGAAAAGACUUUAGCGACAAUAUUAAAUAAGAAGGAGAAAGAGGCUGCAGCCCUAGCGGCCCCGGUUGCGGGCGAAGAGGGUUUCAAAGAAGAAAUUCAUAAAAGCGAGGAUAAGAAAUCGAGAAAGCGAAGAAGAAAUGAGAGAGAUGGCAGGAAGAACAAGCAACGCAAGCUGGACUCCCCGAAAUCGGAAAUAGACGAAAAUGAAAUGCUCAACAUGCGCGGCGGCAGUCCGAAGAUGGAGGAAAGAAUGGAGGGAGCCGCACAUUCCGUACAUUCAGAAGAAAGUUACGAAUCGGAAUAUUCUUCGGAUCCUAAUAGAAUAGAGCAAAUGGAAGAGCGAGAACGUGAAGAUAAUACAGCCAAGAGAAAGAAGAAGAAAAAGAACAGUCACAGUGGCAGGGAUAAGAAGAACAAGAGCAAAGACAGGAAAAAAGAACAAACUCCCUUGCAAGAUUCGAAGGGGGUUUGUGUGUUUUAUUUGCAAGGAAAAUGUCAAAAGAACGAUUGCCCAUACUCCCACGAAGCAAUUCCUCCAAUGAAACUCGAACUGUGCAAGUUCUACCUGAUGGACUGUUGCGCUAAAGGUGACAAAUGUUCAUAUAUGCAUUCUGAAUUUCCUUGUAAAUUUUACCAUACAGGUUUGAACUGUUCGCAAGGAGACGACUGCAAAUUCGCACAUGGCAAGCAAUUAUCUGAAAGUCUCAAACAAAUCCUGUUCAAGCACAUAGAGACGGCGCCUCGCGAAAUUUUGGGGGGUUUUCCGCGGAUGAAUCGCGAAGAGGCCCUCAAUAUGAUCAACAUAACGCAAGGUAAACUCCAGGACCAGGCGCAAGGCGUGGAGAACAAACCGGAAGUUAAAGGUGGGAUACCAUCUUUGUUUGAUAUUAACGUACCUGUACCCCCUGAGUUGUUGCAAGGAUGUGAUGAUAUCAAAAAUAAAUUGGACAAGGCCAAUAGAAAUAGACCAUCCAGGUGGCAGGACCCCGAUCCCAUCGCAGACAGGGAAUUCCCAUUGAAACCUUUUAACUACGGCCAAGAUCAAGACAUGCGAAUAAACAGCAAUGGUGACGUUGAUAUGAGAACCUUACCGCCUUCGCUGGCAAACAUAACCACCUCGAAUCUACCCAUAUCCAGCAGUAUCAUCGAAAAUCAAGACAUAGACUUCGAAAGAUACACACGCGAAGCCGGUAUUCUUCAAAUGCCCAAACAAGAUGUGGACAUUCGCUCUAGCAACCUCCUUUCCUUUCCCUCGGCAACUAAAGACAUUGACAUUAGACAACAACCAUUGUUGGCAACCAAAGACAUAGAUAUAAGGCAAAUACCCCUAGUGUUUAAUCAUCCCAUAUCUUCGGCUAGUCUGGACAACGAUACCGAAGAUGAACUUCAAAUCGAUACUGGCGAUGAUAAAAAGGAAGAAACGUCGCACAUGCCGGUGGAUCUUCCGAAGGCACAGCGCGAUUUAUUCUUGAGGAUACAGGCCAACCAAAAAGACAACGUUGUCGAGGCGCAGAGCAAAGAAGGAUACGAGAUGGACGAGAAUAUCAAUUGGUAUUCUGACGACGACGAUGAUGACGACAAUAGACUGACAAUUAAAGUUGACAACGAAGAUACCAAAGACAAUAAGGAGGAAGUUCUCGAACCUUCCAAGGAAAUUAACGAUUUUUUGACAAACCCUCCGGCGAUCAAGCCUCAGGACGUCGUCGAAAAAUUGGGAGAUCUAUCCAAAAUUGAUAUAUCGGCGGAGGUGACGAAGUUGCUGACGUCUAUGAGUCAAGGCCAUGCGCAAUUUCCGUUUACUAAAGGACCAACGACUCCACCUGAAAUUAAGCCUGUCGUUACGGCACCCGUUAAAGUCGUCACGGAUCCGAGAAUGUCUGCUAGACAGGAUCCCAGAGUAAAUUCAGAAAAGGCCAGCGAUUCGCCUCGUUCUGAUCCUAGAUUAACGGUUGAUCCCCGACAUAGACCGAGACAAAGUUCAACGGAAAGCAUAAUCAAACCAGAAAAACUCAGUAUCUACGAACAGGGCAGCAUCAACAAGAAUGCACCGACAUUUGAUGAUGACAUCGAUUUAAGAGUUACAGGUUUUAAACCGGAUGUAGACCUUAGAAAUCUCCAAUUGCCCUUCAAGGGCAUCCAAAACUACACGCCGGCCUCAGAAAUCGACGCUAGCGUGAAUUCUCAUCCGCCGAUCACUUGGAAGUUGAAUGUGGUGGAAAUACCGCGACCCGAUUAUAACGGUUUGAAGCUGAGCAUAAAUGACGCUGAAAAAACUGGAGAUCCCAGAUUAAGGAAGAUUUUCCGGCUUAGUACUGAAGAAAGAGACACGCCCAUGAGUCCCAAGGCUAGUCCCAAAGCCACGCCUACGGUGCGUGUCGAUCCUAGACUGAGAAAAAUGGAAGAACAAAAACCAGACCCAAUUUCGGCAGCGAUGAGCUACAAUCAGCAAGUAACCAUGCUAAGAAGCUCGGCUUUCUACCAAAGCUUAACCAGCCAGCAAAAAGUAUUGCUAAACCACGAACUCAGUGUCCGUAAUGACGCCAACACCAACAAUCACGACCCAGUUUUGAAUAGCCUUUUGUCCAACCUCGACAUCAUUCCCGGUGCAAACCUCCAAGCUAAUCACUCCUUAAACGCAGCUCUAUCGAUUUUAACGAACGCAUCCCCGGUAAUGAACAUGGUCGGGCAGAAUCCUGCGAUGGGACCCAUGGGAGGAGCAAUGAAUAUGACACAACCCGGUUUGCUGGGAGCCGCUCCCGGUAUACCGAACAUGCCAAACGAUUUCCCGAUGAACUUUGAUCCCAGAAACGGGGGGUUGUUGGGAAACGCGCCGAUGCCCUUCGGGGGCUUCCCCCCGCCGCAGGAAAGUCAAGGAAACUUCCCUCCAUACAACGACGAUUACUAUCCUCCGGAUAAUCCAGGACCGGGCGCUUUUCAGGGCGGUAAUAGGGAUAAUAGGGGGUACAACAGGGAGAGAAGGCGUGGUAGGAGUAAUUUUCACAAUAGACAUAAUAGUGGCAAUAGAAAUUUUAGAAAUAACAGGAAUAAUAAUAAUAGAUCAAAUAGAACACAUUCGCCGCCUUAGGACGGGAAUGUGUAUUAUUAGUUUUAUAUUUAAAUAACUUCCUCUGUACAUAAGCAUUGUUAAUUAAUCUUUAUGAAUUUUGUAAGAGAAAAGUAAUUUAAAAAGAGUUGAAAAUUGUCUUAAGUUUGUUUUUCUAUUUUUUUUUUUUUGUAACAGAAAAAGCACGGUAGUAAUAAAUGUUAUGAGAGUCAGUCUAAUUAUAUAUUUUUUACUUUAUUAAUUGUAUAAUAAGAAGAGAAUUUGAGACGAGAUAAAAAUGUGUCAUUCGAGCAAUGAAGGUAAUUUUCAUAAACAAAUACACAGAUUUAAAUAUAAAUAAAUUUCUUCUUGAUAACGUCCAUUUAUGAAUUUUAAUUUUAUAAAAAUAAUUUAAAAAAAUGUUAAUUCAAUCCAGCAAUAAGAAUUUAAACUGCCAAUGAUUUUGGUGAAUUGUUUUGUGAUUUUUAUUUGAUUUUGAAAAUAUGGUGUUAAAGUUAACCACCCAGUCUAACAUUUUCUUCUUUUUAACAUCACAACCCUUGCCUCUAAAAAUAUCUCAGUUCCUUAAUAUCUCUUACAUUCAUCUUACAUUUUCCUCUACCGCGUUAAUUCGUCCUUUUCUUGGAAUGACCCUUCUCCUUCCCAGUUCCCAAUAGUUUUCCAGUUUUUCAUUUUAUAUUUUGGUCUUUCUUCACUUUCUGUUCUUAUUUACAGUGGUCAAGAUCAAACCUUUAGUCCUGAUUUGCUUGUGAGGCAGUGAAUAAUAAAUGGCGCUCGUACAUAAAGAAACGACACUCUUAUCAGUGUUACCGUUCACAAGUCGAAUCGCUGGUUAGUAGUACAUUAUCGACCUAUAACUGUAAGCAGGACUGAAGGUUUGAUCUUGCGAGCACUGUAUAAUUAUCUCUGCAGGCCUCAUAUGCCCCUGGCUCCAUUUCCUUGUCGCCUUUUGCUUUCUACCUCCAGUUGUUUAUCUUUACAGACUACAUUUUUCAACAUCUCGUCCAUCCAUCUUUUUCUUUAAAAGCCACAUUCCAUUAGCAUUUUAGAUAUUACUUCGAUUUUCAUUCUUUCAAUGUAUCUCAACAAUCUUAUAUUCAGUACUUUAACCGACGCAUUAGACAAAAUAAAGACGAGGGCGCUUAAUACGCCAUAAUAGUGUGACGCAAUAACGGUUCGAACAAAAACAUUAAAUUUGACAUAUACGUGUUUGUUUCUAAUUUUUUCUUAAUAUUGUUUGCAGGUCAUAAAAAAUAGGUCAAAGAUAUCUAAUUAGUAACUAAACGAAUAUAUACUUGAUGCAUGUCAUCUACUUAAGAAAUAUAUUUAUAAAAGUUUAAAAACUAUAUAAUUUAGGUAAACAAAAUUAACAAAACGUACUUAAAAAGUCUACUGUCAUUGUAAUUGUCAAUGUAACCAUAAUUACAUCAUCACUAAUUUAGCGUAUUAUAUUUCGACGUGAGAGAUAAAGAGAGUAAUUGGUUUAACCAUGCCUUUUAGAUGGCAAACAUGGGAUAUUGCGGUCCGCACUCGGCGGCGUAUUCUAUUUCUCUCUAUUCAAUAGUAUUGUGUUUCUUUACGUUCUCCUGGAGUCAGGAAUGAAAAGUUAACACAUAUUGUAUACCUAGUCUAUAUCUCUUAAUUCUGCAUAGAAAGUCUGGUCCAUUGAAUAAUUCCUUGUUGGUCCUUCUCUUCAAUACAUCGUUCACUUUUUUUACUCAGUAAAAUUUUUGCAGACACUCCCAUACUGCAAAUAUUCUUUGUUCACUCUUAUCCAUUGUCUCGGUUUCACUUUAAAGCAAUACUAUGGGUCUCAAUAUUGAUUUGUAUUUUAUUAAGUUUUAUUCACCUGCUUGUGGAGUACAAUCUUAAGUAGCUCUGUAUCUAUUUGAGAAGGUGUUUGCAUUUGAAAAUGAAUCUCAAUUACUUAUGGAUUUUUUCUCAACCUCGAACAUCAAUAAUUCUUAAAUUUUCAAAUACAUCGUCAAUCCAUCUUUCCUUCCCAGUCUAAGAUUGGUUUCCAGUCUUUUAUUUUCAUUGUUGGUCUUUCUUCACUUUCUGCUAUUCACAACUUAUAAGUUCUUGAUGAAUUCAGUCGUAAAUGUAAAGACAAAGAUAACGUAAAUAAAUUUAUGAAAUUCAAACACUUCUUCACGAUGGAUAGGAGGACAAUCUGCAACCAAUUUUAUCUCGAAGUUCAAAGUACCAACCUACUAAACAACCAACCUAAAUACUGAAUAGACUUUAGUGUCAUUAUGUUGAAUUCUUUUAUUAGGUUACUUCGUACAGGUGAUUUAAUGAUUCUGUGCAAGUGCAAGUAUUCGGUCCCCGUCAUUAUUACUUUAAGGAAAUAACAUCAUUUAUUUACAAUAAAUUUUUGUUGUUGCUAAACUGGCACAGAAUUUCUUCAAAAAUGUUCAAACCAUUUUUAUCUUGAUGAAAUUCAUGAAUUUCUUCAUAUCAUCUUUAAAAAUGCUACUAUAUUUUGGUAUGUUUUUGUGUCUUGAAAAAGCAACAUUAUUGUUGCAUAAUUGCAAUAUUAACAACAAAUUGUUACUCAAAUCAGAAAAAUGAAUGGAAUAAAUCAAGAAGAAACAUGAAUAUUCAUAUAAUUUUAAAACUAAAUAUUUCUAGGAUUGUUUAUUAUACAUAAUUUAAUCAAUUAAUGUUGUAUUCAAAAUACAUGUUUUUUGGUUCUCACACGAAUUGUGCCAAUUACCGUAUAAUUAUCAUUAACGGGGUGGUGUACAUUUUUGAAUGUGUUUGAGUUAUAUUUGAAAAGUAUAUCAAAUAUAAGACUGAUUUGGACUGAUUAUUACUAAGGUUUUUGUUAUACCUGGAAAAAAUAUCGAUAAUAUAUUUAUUGAACAUUUCUGUGUAAUUUACAUGUUGACGUUUAUUUAUUGUUUUAGUAAAUAGGAUAUUUAUUAAAUUUUUUUAACAAAGACUUUAGUAAAAAAGCGAUGUUUUUAAUAAAUAACGUUCACCCUGAUAAUAAAUCUUCAUUCCCUACUAGAUAUUAAUAUUUUGUAAAUAUGUAUUGUAAAUUUCUAAUUUUACGGUGUGUGCCGCCAAUUUAUUUUAACUGACGUUUUAUUUUAGAUAGAGUACAAAUUUUAUAGGAUCCCAUAUUGAGAUACAAAUACAAUAAUAUAAAAAGAAUCUUAUUUAAAAGUAAAACCUUGGUUAAAAUUCAUACAAAAGGCCAUUAAACACUAUUCUUAUGUUAUGGUUGCUGAACUCUUAGUUUCAAUAUUUAUUUUUGUUAAACAUUUUUUUAAAAUGACA